AUUAAACUGCCUCCCCAUCACGUUUGUUAUGACAGAGAACAGCGGAUGAUGUCCAUUAUUAGUGAUUGCAUGCCCUCAGCCACAAUACCGUAAUUGUCUCUAAAACUUCACCGUAAACAUGCCUCAUUUUACAAGUAUCCUUUGAUUGAAUCGAUACACUGCAAUUAAUGAUAUUAAUCAUGACAACUUAGGAAUUUAAUUAUUUCUAUGCUGGAUUAGCAACAAGAUGACAGCAGCCGAAGAGUGGAGGAAUAUUACACAUAUUCCUUACGAAUCCUUAGUUACGACAUAUUUUAUUGUGGAGUGUACCAUCAUAGGCCCUAUCAUCGUGGGAAACCUCCUGAUCAUCAUUAGCCUGCUGAGGUUCCAUCGUCUCCGUAAACGUAUUUAUGUUUUGGUCGGAAACCUUGCCGUAUCGGAUCUCCUUAUUGGCCUCGUUUUCAUUCCUUAUGACCUCGUCUUUCUGACUCAUGAAGACCUCGCUCGACAAAAGUAUUUUUGUUUGAUCCGCCACUCCCUGGUCGAUAUGCUUCUUGGAGCAUCUGUUAUGAACCUUUUUGCAAUAUCAUUGGAGCGAUAUAUUGCUGUAGUCCAUCCUUUGCAUCACGCUGCGAUAUGUACCUGGAAAUCCUUGUCGAUUGUAAUCGCGAUGUGCUGGUUGUUGUCGAUAUUACUCGCCUCGCUCCCACUUCUUGGUUGGAACCAAUGGAAAGAAAACGUCCCUUGUGAUAUAUUAUGGAUUUGGCCAAAGGCUUUCAAAAGCAUUAUGUUCAUCUAUUUCACUACAUCUUUAGUGGUAAACUUUUUUAUGUACAUAAAGGUGGUUAGAACCGCAUGGAGUCAGUUUAAAAUUUGUGACAAGCCUAUCCAGCGACAAGAGGACCGCCAUAGAAUAACCAGCAAGUCAUACAGAAAGACUAAAAUCAUGAUUCUUUUACUCGGAGCCUUUGCCAUCUGCUGGGGCCCGUAUCUGCUGAUUGUUAUAUUUGACACCCUGUUUCUGGAGAAUAAUACUACAAUGAUGACUCUCAGAAAAUUCCUGUCCAUUAUGGGGCUGGUCAACUCUGGGCUGAACUGGGUUAUUUUCGGACUGAAAAACGCAAUGUUCCGUAAAGCGUUCACUUAUCUGCUACGGUGUGGCGUGGGCGUUAGUGAGGACAGUUUAGCUGUCUCAAGCUCAAUCACACCUGUUUAAUGUAGCGCUGUAAAUAUUUCAUUUAGAUUUGGUUGCUGCAUAAAGGUUUACCAAAACAUGUAGCGUUUCCACCAUCAUUUUUUGUUACUUACUUAUCUUGAAAGGCAGUUAUGGUGGAAACAUAAGUCGACAAUUGCAGUUUUUUGUCCAAUAUUAGUAUGUAUGUACAUUGUAAGGAUUGUGGUCUUCUGUCCAAUAUGUCAGCACAUAAGUACUCGAUCUGUCCAAUAGAUCAGUGCUUUAUCAGUUUUAUUGAUCCAGUCCAAUAUGACUGUUUAUCAUAAGGGUUUAAUACUCCGUCCAAUAAAUUAUAUGUCUGUACAUGUAUAUCGUAAGAACUGAUAUACUGGCCAGUAUGUCUGAACAGUAAAAGGGUUUUGGUACUUCAUAGAAUAUUUCUGUACAAUAUAACAAAUUUGGUCAUUUUUUUAAAGAAACGUUACCACAUCAGAUAUUUCACGAAACAUCGCCCGCGUGGUGCAGUGGUUAGAGCGUCUACUCUUACUAGAGACGCGAAAUAAGGAGUUGAUUAUUACGUCGCGGGUUCGA